AUGAUCAAGAAUAUAGUUAAGGGGCUAAAUAUUGUCACGCCGCCAACCCUAUUACCAACCACCAUAGGCAGAGUGCCUCAUGACAACAAGCCUUCGACACAUCAGACAGAAGUGAUACAGACAGAGAGCCUACGGUCACCACAACCUUUGGAAGAGUUACGACGGUCACCACAACCUUUGGAAGAGUUACGACGAUCACCACAACCUUUGGAAGAGUUACGACGGUCACCACAACCUCUGGAAGAGUUACGACGGUCACCACAACCUCUGGAAGAGUUACGACGGUCACCACAACCUCUGGAAGAGUUACGACGGUCACCACAACCUCUGGAAGAGUUACGACGGUCACCACAACCUCUGGAAGAGUUACGACGGUCACCACAACCUCUGGAAGAGUUACGACGGUCACCACAACCUCUGGAAGAGUUACGACGGUCACCACAACCUCUGGAGGGUUAUGCUGGUCACCACAACCUCUGGAGAGGUUAUGACAGUCACCACAACAACUUACUAACAAACCAGUAA